AUGAUAUCAUAUGAAUAUUGUGAUAGUAGUGAUAGCUUCUAUUUUAAUGAUAUUCAAGAUUUUGAUUUUAACCCAUGGAUAGAAGUAAAAAGUGUUUCUGAAAAAGGUAGAUGUGUAUUUUCAAAGAAAUUCAUACCAAAGGGUACAAUGGUAUUUAGGGAUAUCCCAUAUGCCGCAAUCGUUGAUAAUCAAUUCAAAAGAAAUAUUUGUACAACUUGUUUUAAAAUUUUAUUAGAAUCAAAUAGACAUAAUUUUCAAACAUGUCCUUCUUGUUUUCAAGUUAAUUAUUGUUCAAAUUAUUGUAAACAGUAUAGUAAAAUUGAAACUAAACAUACAGAAUUAGAAUGUAAAUGGAUUCAAGAUUUCACAGUUUCAUUUAAACAUCAAAUGGCAGAAGAUGAUAGAAAUAUUGUAUUAUUAGUAUUAAAAAUUUUAGCUAGAAGAAUUCAUGAAAAACAAUCUACAAUAUUUCAUAAUAAACCUUUAACAACCAAUACUUUUGAAACUUGUACAAGUAAUAAUAAUAAUAUAGACUUAUUACCAAUGAUACCAAAUGAUAUACCAGAUUUAAUUGAUCAUCUAGAUGAUUAUUUCAUUAAUUCUAAAAAUAAUAAUGAAUUUGAAAAUGAAGAAGAAGAAGAAGAAGAACAAGAACAAAAAGGAGAAGGAGAACAAGAAGAAAAUGAAAAUAAUGAAAAUAAUGAAAAAGUUAAAAAAAAAGUAAUAAUAAUAGAUGAUAAUGAAAAAGAAAAAGAAGAAAUAAAGAAAUUUAAUAAAAUUUGGAAAAAUGAUUUUAAAAGAUUAAUUAAUAUUGCCAAAGUUAUUCAAAUAAUUAUUGAUGAUUCAAUAGAUAGUUUGGAAAAUAUAAAAUGUGAUUAUGGAUUUGUUGAUAAUCAAGGUGAUACUGAAAUGGUUGAUAAUUCAAUUGAUCCAAAAGGAUUAGAUAAAUUGGUUGAUAAUUUAUCAAGUUCAGAUUUAAAUAUCUUAAGAUUAUUAUGUAAAAUUAGAGCAAAUUAUUUUGGUUUAUGGAAUUCUGCUUAUAAACCAAUACCAUUAAAUUCAAUUGAUGAUGAUGAUGAUGAUAAUAAUAAUAAUAAAGAGAAACCAAAUAAUGAUUAUUUAUGGUGUGGAUCUGGUGUAUAUUUAAAAUUGUCAUUAUUUAAUCAUAGUUGUUUUCCAAAUUGUACAACUUUAAUUGAAUAUAAUAUAAAUAAAAAGAAUAGUAAUAAUAAUAAUGGUAAUAAUGGUAAUAAUAAUAGUUAUGGUGAUACUAAUCAAUUAACAAUUUCAAUUAUAACAUUACGUGAUAUUGAAGAGAAUCAAGAGUUAUUAAUUACUUAUAUACCUUUGAAUCAAAAAAUUAAUGAUAGAGUAAAGAGUUUAAAAUCAAAUUGGCUCUUUCAAUGUGAUUGUAAACGUUGUCAUUUCGAAAAGAUAAAUGAAAAUCAAACUGAAAAAAUUUAUAAAGAUUCUUGUUGUACAAAUCAAAAGUGUUCUGGUGGUUUAUUGAUACCAUUGGAACAAAAUUCAACUCAAGGUAUAUGUAGAGUUUGUAAAAACACUUAUACAUUACCAACUGUAUUCUAUCCACUAAAAUAA